AUGAUUGCCAGACUAGAGGGUCUUACCGAUACAGUACCGACGUAUCGAGGCGAGAGAGGCGGGAAGGAAAAAGCGAUGUGGGCGAGCCGAGGUUCCCACGGUGGUGGCUACGGAACCACGCUCGAUCGCGGGAAGGCGGUUGAACAACUCGGCUACGGCACCUACUUGGCACGUCAGGCAGGUGGCGGGCAGGCGCAACCUGCUGUUUUGGGAAGGUGGGCCAAAGAGCGCGUGUCCAACAGUGGACGAGAGCCUUCAAACUGCAUCGCUGCAGCAUCGCGCAGCACAGCCGAGGCAAAAACGCCGAGCGAGCUGCAGCUGCUCCACUCUGCCGAAGCGUCAAACGCUGCCACUCCUUCUUCCCUCGCAAUGUUCACCCGGCCCUGCCUCGCUGCCGAGCGUGCCGUAUCUUCCGAACGCUCGGCAAGCCGUAGCGCCUGCGAGUAA